AAGAAAAGUGAAAAUCACAGAGAGAGAAAAGGGAGUGCCAUUGUGUGUACAGAUUUGCAGCCACAGCAGUUAUCAUCUCUGUCAAAUUCCACCAUCAUCUGUGCAUUGACUAUCAACUACUUAUUUUGGAUAUGUCUGUACCAACUAUGGAUUCUUUUAAGACCGUCUUACGGUUCCUCACCAAUCAGAAGAGUACUAUUGGCUAUAGCUUCAUGGCCAUUUUUACAAUAGGCAGUGAACGAAUUUUCUCCAUGGUUUCUUUCCAGUGUCCGUGCAACCGUGAACAGAAUUUUGUCUAUGGAGUAACAUUUCUGCUCGGCCCAGCUAUUGUCUUCAUGAUCAUCAGUCUCUUUGUUAGUACACGUUUUUGGCGAUUAUAUACUGGGUGUUGUCUCAACCCUUUCAAACUCUGCCCCAAGGGUAACUGUUUGAGUUGCUUGACAGUGUUUAUUAAAGUACUUGCUGGAGCUUGCAUUGCGCCCAUUAUGUGGCUUUGUGUAGCACUGCUCAAUGGAACCUUUUACGAGUGUGCUGUCAGUGGCUUGGAUAAAAACAUGGUGGUAGACCUUUUCUGCAAAAACAAGACACCUGAGUGCCGGGAAGAGCUAGCCCAAGUGCCCUGCAGCAAGUCUCAGCUGUCUCCAGAUGAUAAUAAGGAACUGCUACUAAUGCUUCGAGCUCAGUCACAAAUCCUUGGCUGGUCCAUCGUUAUCUUUUCGGCAAUAGCAGCACUGAUUGGCACAUGCUUUAAGAACUGUCGCUCUCAGGUAAGCUACCUUCAGUUAACUUUCUGGAAAAUCUACAUGCAGAAGGAGAAGGAAAAGUUUGAGACAUUUGCUGAAGACUACGCCACCAAACUGGCAGAAAGGAACCUCAAGAGCUUCUUUGACAACAAAAGUCCCGAACCGUUUUCCUUUCCAAACCACAAGGCCUGGGAGGAGAUCUCCUCAAUAUACACAUUUACGCAAAGUGAACAGUACUACAGCAACCUGCAGAGAUAUGUGGAGUGCGGCGAUCGGGAUUACAGCCCUGAGAAGCAUCCUGUUUUACAGAUGGAAGAUGGCAUAGAGAUGGUAUAGAGUCACAAAGCUGCAUGAACUUGGUAAAUGAAUUGAAACAAUAUGACCAAUGAUGUAAACAAGUCAUUGUACAUUUGAGUAACUAGUGUAAAAAACUAUAUAUAUAUAGCCCAGAACAUGACUGACAGCCGCUGUGAAUUUUUGCAGAAUUUUUGUUGAAAACACACCCACUGAAAGUUUUGUUUUGUCCAUUGAGGAAGUGGACACUGCGCAAUUCAAAAUGCUUACCAUUUACACUAGUCACAUCCACUUUCAUUUAGCUACCACUGAAGCAACAGGUCUCAGGCCACAAAGAGAUGCUGACAGAAAUUUGAGCUUGCUUUAAUAGGUGUUUCUCUGAUGGAAGAUGUUUUCAUUAGCAGCGGGGCAAUAUAGAUGUUAUUAUUGAAAGCAACUUUCAGAUAAUCUGAGGGUUGUUUGGUUUGAAUGCUGCAGGUUUAAAAUGUCAAAAAAGGGGGGAAAAGAAAUUAUUCUCAGGGAAUUUGUCAGACGGCUCAAAAUCUUUUCCACCCUCUCCAUGUAGACCAGGCAGUGUGUUUUGUACAUUAAUGCAUAAUAACUUCAAAAGACCAUUGCAUAAUAAGUUUUAACAUUUGCACAAUAUUAUUGAUAAGUGUCUUGUAGUAAUUAAAUUAUCUUCUUAAAAUAACUCUAAACAAAAUAACUGAGUAAAUUCAAAACAUUGAUUAAAAUCUAUAAUACAGCCACAUUGUGCUUAUGCCCUUCAACAAAACAUAUAAUGAGCAAACCUAUAUGCUUGUUUCCUUUGCUGGUUUCAAGUAGAUGAUGUGACAAACAGGAAACCCACAUUAUGACCAGGCAUCUGUAAAAACACUUCAUUUUCUUCAACCUUUCUUUAGUAACUUUACCCAACAGAUCAGCUUUGCAUAGAAAUUCCUGCAUUCAGAACACAAUGCUCUUAGAAUAGCCUUUCAACACAUAAGAACAGAAACUAUUUUAUUUACAUUACUACAAAAGGGUGAGGUGCUGGUUACCAGCAUGUUUGUGGUGUCUAUUUCCUGCAUUGUUUGUAAAGGAGAAUGUUCAGACACUUCAUUAUACUCAGGUUAAAACUCAGCAAUGGACUACAACCCCAAUUACAAAAAAGUUGGGACAGUAUGACAAAUGCUAAAAACAAAACGUAGUGAUUUGUAAAUUAUAUUCACCCUUUGCUAUAUUGAAAGCACUACAACUACACAUUAUAUGAAGUUUCACCUUGUGAAUUUCAUAGUUUUUUUUUUUUUUUAAAUAUACAGUAAUUUCAAAUUAGAUGAUUGCAACACACUCCAAAAAAGUUGAGACAGGGGCAAUUUAAGACUAAUAACAAUUUGACGAGUUAAAAUAACAAGGUGAUGUGAAACAGGAGAUGUUAAACACGUGAAGCAAUCGUGUCAUAGUAUAUAAGGAGCCUCCAAAAACAGCCUUGUCCUUCAAGAGCAAGGAUCAUUCGAGACUUGUCAUUUUGCCAACAGAUGCUUCAGCAAAUAAUCCAGCACUUUGAGAACAAUGUUCCCCAAAGACAAAUUGGAAGGAUUUUGGGUAUUUCACCCUCUACAGUGCACAAUAUAGUUAAACAAUUCAAGAAAUAUGGUCAAAUCUCGUUGCGUAAAGGGCAAGACGAAAACAACUUCUUAAUGUGCAUGAUCUCUGAUCCCUCAGACGUGACUCUCUUAAAAAACAUAAUUCAUCUGUAAUGGAUAUCAUGAACAUGGGCUUAGGAUUACAUUAGUAAACCUUAGUAGUCAACACAACUUGCAGCUGCAUCCACAGAUGCAAGUUAAGACUUUACUAUGCAAAGCAGAAGCCCUACAUCAACACAGUUCAGAAGGGCUUCCAACUUCCAUGGGCUCAGUCUCAUCUUAGAUGGAAAUUAGAACAGUGGAAUCAUGUUUUUUGGUCCACAUUUCAAAUAGUGUUUGAAAAACACAGCCAUCGUGUUCUCCGGGCCAAAGAGGAAAAGGACCAUCCAAAUUUUUAUCAGUGUCAGGUCCAAAAGCAAGUGUCUGUAUGGGCCAGCGGUGUGUCAGUGCCCAUGGCAUGGGUAACUCGAACCUCUGUGAGGGCACCAUUAAUGCAGACAGAUAUGUACAAAUUUUGGAGCAACAUAUACUGCCAUCCAGCACCGUCUUUUCCAGGGACAUCCCUGCAUUUUCCAGUAGGACAACACCAAACCACAUCCAGCCCGGAUUACCAGUGCAUGGCUGUGAAAGCAGAGAGUACGGGUGCUAGAUUGGCCUGCCUGCAGUCCUGACCUGUCUCCAAUUGAAAAUGUGUGGUGCAUUAUGAAGCGCACAAUGCGGCAAUGAAGACCCUGUAAAAUUGUAAUGCCGAAGAACUGCAUAAUGGAUGAAUGAGGGAAAUUCCACUUUCUAAAAUUAACAAACUUGUGUCUUCAGUGCCCAAAUGCUUAAUAAGUGUUUGAAGAAAUUAUGAUGUUUCAAAAUUGUAAACACUCGACUGUCCCAACUUUUUUGGAGCAUGUUGCAAUCAUCUGACUGUACAUUUAUUAAAAAAAACAAUUAAAUUCACAAGGAAAAACAUAAUAUGAUGUUUAGUUGUAGUGCUUUCAAUAUAGCAAAGUGUGAAUAUAAUUUACAAAUCACUCCUUUUUGUUUUCAUUAGCAUUUUUCAUACUGUCCCAACUUUUUCUGAAUUGAGGUUGUAUAAUUUCCAAAAACAACAUGGCAAAAACAACAAAAUUAGCUUGCUCGUUUUUUUUUUUUUUUUUAUGUCAGGCUGGUUGAAUACUAUAUGUGCUAAAAAGGUUAAAAAUACAGUUUAGAAUAAAUUUAAAAAUAAGUAGCCAUAAUAACCAGAUAUUUAAAUAAAUACACAGAAAAUGGGAACACUAAAGCAAUACUUCCACAAUUGUGAGGUGUUCCCCAUGAAAUAUGGGAACUACAAUUACAAAAGCACACAGUCCGCCUGCCUCUCUCAUUGGUUGUAAUAAUGUAACUGAGGGAAAUGAUCAUAUGUUUUGCAUGUAUGUAGGAAGUGAAUAAUGCAUUUUCAGUUAUUUAUUUAUUUGUAUUAUUUAUUUUGUUUAUUUGUUUUAAGUUUGUUUUGUUUUUUGCAAUUUUGUACUGAUAUAAUCAUUUUUGUAUUUAUUUCCUGCUUCGCCCUAUUAUAUUUAUGUUAUAAUCUAUUUUAAUGUGGAUUUUUGUAUUGCUUGUAUAUAAGUACAGUAUGUAUGUAUUAACCUAUACUGUAUUUCUAUGCUUUAAUUAAAAGAAAAUGGAAAAUUGUAAUGUUGUCUUCCCUACUGAAAUAGACAGCCUGGUGGUGACCAGCUUGAAUGACCUAUUUAUUGAUGGUCAGACUCAGCAGUGUAUAAAUCCAGAUUUAUGCCAUGAAU